AUGCAUUUCUUUUUAAUGCUUCUCUUCAUCAUGAUGAAUUUGUGAUAUACUGAAAUGGUUAAACUGUAGGAAAAAGUGCGUUAGGUUAAGGUGCAAAUUAUGCACAAUUAACAAUGGUGUAAAUGAUUACAAGAAAAAAGUUACUCCACAGAAAGAGUUCUGCUGCUUUGUCUGUUUUGUGCCACAUUCUGUUCUCGUUACUCCAGAAGUGAGCAAUAAAGUCAGAAGAGUUUCACUCCAAAACCUUUAUGAAGGAUUUUCCAGGUUUCACAUCUCCAGGGAACAGCUGAUCCUUACAGUGCCUCAUAUGGGAAACAUGUCCUAACAGGUGAGUGAAAUGAAUGAAGAGGAUCUCCCCCAGCAGCUCCUGAUCUCUCCUGUCCACAGCAGACAGGUGACUGAUUCCUUAGGUGUACACCUGAUUCCUUCCCCUCACUGUCUGAUAAAACAUCAUUUAUCAUGAGAACAUUUAUUAAAUCCUGGAUUCCUCAGUGUUUGUGGAUUCUCAGGUCACCUUCCAGAACAUUCCAUGGAAACAACAGGCUUCUUACAUCUCAGAUUAUUUCCCAUUAUGAAUCUAUAAACCAGGGUAAAAAGGAACUGCCAGAAUAUUUCAACUUUGCAAGUGAUGUUUUAGAUGAGUGGGCACGACUGGAAAAGGAUGGAAGAAAACCAACAAAUCCAGCUUUUUGGUGGGUCAAUGAUGAGGGAGAGGAGGUGAAGUGGAGCUUUGAGGAGCUGGGCUCUCUGUCCAGGAAGGCAGCCAAUGUCCUUUCUGAGGCCUGUGGUUUGCAGAGAGGAGACAGAGUUGUGGCAGUUCUGCCUCGUGUUCCUGAGUGGUGGCUCCUGAAUGUGGCCUGCAUGCGAGCAGGAAUUGUCCUUAUUCCAGGAACAUCUCAAUUAACAGCCAAAGACAUCUCAUACCGACUCCAGGCUUCAAAGGCCAAGUGCAUCGUUACCAAUGACACUCUGGCACCUGCAGUGGAAUCUGUCCUGCCUGGCAGCCAGUUCCUGAAAAGUAAACUCAUUGUAGGCCAAGGGAGCAGGGAUGGGUGGCUGAACCUCAAAGAACUCCUUGCGGUUGCAUCUGCUGAGCAUAAAUGUGUCAAGACAAGGAGUCAAGACCCAAUGCUCGUGUAUUUUACCAGCGGAACUACGGGCUUCCCAAAAAUGGUGCUGCAUUCCCACAGCAGUUACGGCAUUGGAUUUGCAAUCAGUGGCAGGUAUUGGUUGAACUUGACUCCUUCAGAUGUAAUAUGGAAUACUUCUGAUACUGGCUGGGCAAAAUCGGCCUAUGGCAGUGUUUUUUCACCAUGGAUCUGUGGAUCCUGUGUCUUUGUACACAAUAUGCCACAGUUUCAACCAGAAGUUAUUGCAGAGACUCUCUCAAGAUAUCCCAUCACCACCUUCUGCACGGCUCCCACCGCCUUCCGCAUGCUGGUCAAGCAUGAUGUGAGCAGCUACAAGUUCCCGAGUCUGAAGCACUGUGUAACUGGAGGGGAAGCACUCAAUCCUGAAGUGCUGGCGAAGUGGAAAAUCCAGACAGGGGUGGAUAUCCAUGAAGGUUAUGGCCAGACCGAAACAGUGCCAAUCUGUGCCAAUAUGAAAGGAAUGAAAAUUAAACCUGGCUCUUUGGGAAAAGCUGUUCCCCCUUAUGAUGUGCAGAUUGUAGAUGACCACGGGGCUGUUGUGCCCACAGGAGAAGAGGGCACCAUUGCUGUCCGAGUGCAACCCACACGCCCCUUCUGUCUGUUCUCCGAGUACUUGGAUAAUCCUGAGAAAACUGCUGCCACUGUGCGUGGAGAUUUUUAUGUCACUGGGGACAGAGGUGUUAUGGAUGAAGAGGGAUAUGUCUGGUUUGUUGGAAGAGCUGAUGAUAUCAUUAACUCUGCUGGGUAUCGCAUUGGCCCAUUUGAAGUGGAGAGUGCAUUGAUUGAGCACCCAGCAGUCUCAGAGGUGGCUGUUGUCAGCAGUCCUGACCCAGUGCGAGGGGAGGUGGUCAAAGCCUUCAUUGUUUUAGCUCCUGCUUUUGCAUCACAUGAUCCAGAAAAAUUAAUUCAUGAGCUUCAACAACAUGUCAAGAAGGUGACUGCACCUUACAAGUAUCCAAGGAAGGUGGAGUUUGUUCAGGAUCUGCCAAAGACAGUUACUGGGAAAAUCCAGAGAAAUGUUCUAAGGAGAAAAGAGUGGGCAAAAGUAUAAAAAGAGCAAGAGUGAUCUGGAAAACAAGGGGAGAAAUACUUCAUUACCUGUACCAACCAUAACAUAUCAAACAUGGCACAGGUUUAUGACCCAGAACACGUGAAAACAUUACAAAAAACAAACUGUUGAAGAAAAACUGGAAAACACUCAAACAAAGUGUAACUACAACUCUUAGACACAUACAAAUAAAAGAGAAAUUUAUAAAAGUAA